AUGACGCUCUUUAUCCUUACGGAAACCAGUGCGGGCUAUGCCCUGCUCAAGGCCAAGGACAAGAAGCUGUUGAAGAGAGAUGAUCUGGCUACUGAGGCUUCCACCGCAGAGGGUGUUUCUAACCUUCUGAAGUUGAAGAGCUUCCAGAAGUUCGACAGCGCUGCUACCGCCCUGGAGGAGGUUGCUUCCCUCGUCGAAGGAAAGGUCACUCCUCGCCUGGCCAGCCUUUUGGACGAAGUCAAGGAUGAGAAGAAGGUUUCUCUGGCUGUCGCCGACCCCAAGCUCGGCAAUGCCAUUGGCAAGCUCCCCGGUCUCUCCAUCGAGCUGGUGGCCGACUCUUCCACCACCGAUGUCUUCCGUGCCAUUCGUGAACACCUGCCCACCCUCAUCCCCGGCCUUCUCCCUCAGGACAUGUCCACCAUGUCCCUUGGUCUGUCGCACUCUCUCGCUAGACACAAGCUCAAGUUCUCCCCCGACAAGAUCGACACCAUGAUUGUGCAGGCCAUUGGUCUGCUUGACGACCUGGACAAGGAGCUCAACAACUACGCCAUGCGUGUGAAGGAAUGGUACGGAUGGCACUUCCCUGAGCUGGCGAAGAUCCUGAACGACAACAUCGCCUACGCCAGACUCGUCCUCAAGAUGGGCAUGCGCACCAACUGGGAGUCUUCCGAUCUCGCUGAGAUCCUCCCCGAGGAGAUUGAGGGUGCCGUCAAGGCUGCUGCGGACCGCUCCAUGGGUACCGAGAUCAGCCAGGAGGAUCUGGAACACAUUCAAGCCUUGGCCGAGCAGGUCGUUGGCUUCGCUGAGUACCGUCAACAACUGGCCGGCUACCUUACCGCCCGUAUGAACGCCAUCGCCCCCAACCUGACUGCCCUCGUCGGUGAUCUGGUCGGUGCCCGUCUUAUCGCCCACGCUGGUAGCUUGACCAACCUGUCCAAGAGCCCCGCCAGUACUAUCCAGAUUCUGGGUGCCGAGAAGGCCCUGUUCCGUGCUCUUAAGACUAAGCACGACACUCCCAAGUACGGUCUGAUCUACCACGCUUCCCUGAUCGGCCAGGCCACCGGCAAGAACAAGGGUAAGAUGGCCAGAGUUCUGGCUGCCAAGGCUUCCCUUGGUCUGCGUGUGGAUGCUCUCGCUGAGUGGGACGACGAUGCCACCGAGGAGGACAAGGCUGCUCUCGGUACGGAAGCCCGCUACAACCUCGAGCGCAAGCUUGCCGCCAUGGAGGGCAAGCCCCUCAAGCCCCGUGGUACUGCCAUUGCCCCCAACGGCGCUCCUCAGGCCCAGAAGUUCGAGAUCAACGAAGCCCGCAAAUACAACGCCGAUGCUGAUGCUGUUACGGGCGACGAGCCCGCUUCCGCUAAGAAGAGCAAGAGCAAGAAGCUCGUAGAGGAGGUUCAGGACGAGGAGAUGGCCGAUGCUGACUCCGACGAGGAGUCUGACUCGUCCGACGAGGAGACCGACAAGAAGUCCAAGAAGAGCAAGGACUCUGAGCUCGAGAAGAUGGCCGAGAAGGCCGGUCUGAGCCUCAAGCGGUACAAGCGCAAGCUUGAGCGUGGAGAAAUCCAGUUCGACGCUGAGGGCAACCCCAGCGCGGUCAGCAAGAAGGACAUCAAGAAGGCCAAGAAGGAGUCCAAGAAGUCGGCCAAGGGUGAGGAGAAGAAGCGCAAGCGGUCAGACGACGGCGAAGUCGACAACUCCGAGAAGAAAAAGAAGAAGAAGAAGAAGGGUGAGGAGUAA